AUUAAGAGCAAAUAUGGAUACAGAUAUAAAACCGAUGUACAUACAUGCAAACACAAUCCGCGAGAGGAACGAUAAAGGCGAGUCGUCUGAUGGGAGCGACGUGGAAUGCACAUGCAAAAUGUGUUCGGUGCACACGAACUCAAAAUGUAUUGAACGUAAGAGAAGAAAGAAACACGUGAUUUCAUGGUUGUUGCGUUGGAAUGGAUGUGAUAAAAAUACAAUGUUAUUCGGGUUUAUAAUGUGCUUGACUUUAGUGUUUAUAAUUUAUGUAGCCCAUUUAACUCGUGAGAUAAAUAUAAUUAAAGAAUCGUGUUUAUUCAAUGAUGUAGAUGAACACAUGCUUGAUCGAAAUAUGGAAUCAUUGCUCAUUUCAUUUACUAAAUCGAAAAGACGUAUCAAACGAGGAAUCAAGAAAGAAGCUAGUAAAACUAAAACAUCGCACCGGCACAAAAAGACUUUAAACUUACAUGAAUACUGUCGGAGGAUGCGAGAUCUGUGUGACUUCAAGCGCAUAGCAGGGCCUCCAGGUGAGCCGGUGUUGGUUGGACCCCCCGGGCCGCCCGGGCCUCGGGGGCCAAAGGGUGACAUCGGAGACCCAGGCGAGAGAGGGAUUCCAGGCACGCUAGGUUUCGAUGGACUACCAGGGUCACCAGGGGAAGAUGGUGAACCAGGACCUAAAGGUGACAGGGGGUUGCUUGGCUUCCCAGGACCAAAGGGCGAUACAGGCGACGCUGGCUUACAUGGAGAACGCGGCAUACCUGGACUGCCGGGAGACAGAGGACUUCCUGGAAACUCUGGACCUCCAGGACCAUCAGGUCCUACAGGCCCUGAAGGACCGGAUGGAAGACGUGGGCGGCCUGGCGAUGACGGCAUCAAAGGCACCAAGGGUGACAGGGGCACGGACGGGAUCCCAGGGGUGCCUGGGUUCAAGGGACCGAAGGGGGAUUUAGGGGACAGAGGCCCGCCCGGAUAUGGCAUCAACUGCGUCUGUGAAAAGGGCGAUAAGGGGGAGAAAGGGCAGCGAGGUUUGAUUGGCUUUACGGGUUACAAAGGCGACAGAGGAGACGAAGGCUUGAUAGGAGGAUUAGGUCACAGCACUAAAGGCGAGAUCGGACCACAAGGACCUCCGGGAAUACAGGGACCAAAGGGCAUCAAGGGAGACUGCGAUGUCUGGAACAAGGAACGCCACAGUCUUCGCGUAGUUAAUACAGAUAAGAUAGACGAGCGACCACAACAAGACUAUCGAGCCCCAAAAAAUCCUGGCUCAGAAAAUGCUUCCGGUGCUAGAGGUAAGACUAAGCCUGUCCUACAUUAA